AUGUCCGACCCGAUGAUCUUCCUGAUCAACGACGGCCGUAACGAGAAGCUGCACGCGCACAACAAGUUGUUCGAUGACCCUGGCCGUGCCGGACUGCGCGGAGAUGGCCAGGCUGCGGAGCGCCCGGAAACGGAGGAAAAGUAUGGGUGGAUUUGCGUCGAUUGGGAUAGGAACCACUCCCCUCAUCGGAAAUGGUCGUACAGUCAGCCCUCCGCCUCGGAGAACCUCGAUUGCAGG